UUAUUAAAGAAAAUCAAAGAUAAAUUUGGGCACGCUUCGCCAUGUCUCAGGAUCAGAUCUUUAACGAUGAUGAUGCAGAAUCCGACUUGCGUCUGCUUGAUGAUGAUGGCGCUGAUAUACAACGAUUAAAGCUGCCGGCGCCGACGGAGAAACCUGAGGACGAUGUGGACGAGCGGAUUGCGCGGAUUGAGUUUCAUUGCAGCGUUUGCAACAUGCACGAACUUGUCCAUUAUUAUGGCAAGGAGCCCCCAUUUGGCUUGGGCAUACGAUUUCGUGAGGAUAGCUUUGUGAUGCGUGAUCCGUUUCAGGCGCCACCGCCACGCUGGCAAUCGAAAGCUGAGUACUAUGUGGCAUUGGGCGUCAAGUGUGCGACUUGUGGCAAGCCUGUUUGCAAGGAUGCAGCCUGCAGUUUCUAUUAUACACAAACCUAUUGCCUGCCCUGCGGCAGUGUCCAACUUAAAUCCUGGCCAGUCGAGGCUCAGAGCAAAUUGCGCAAACAACUGGCGGCCAGCAAGCAAAAAGAACAGUCCAAUUAACAUUAAUAAAUACAUUUUUCACUUUAUUCCAUA